AUGGCUGAACGCGAUGACGCGUCACUCGCCGAUAGGCUGGUGCCAUCCCGCGCUGCUGGGAGAAAGGCUUCGAAGCUGACCGCGGAACAGCUGAACAGCUCUCCAAUCUCGGACAGAGACUCGACGUUCGGGGAGCCCACCAGGGGAAAGGGGGGAGUAAAGAUCACUUAUGGAGGCAAAGGUAAGAGGAACUCACCGAAGAAGGCUCCUCGGCACCCGUCACCGAUGCCUGUGGCGCCAGCACGGUCCCGUAAGGCGAGCAUGAAUGCGGCGCGGGAUCGUCCUUCCUUGCUUGCCUCCAUCCGGCUCGACACCCCAUCACAUAUGUCUGUCAGUGGGAGUAGCCUCACUCCUUUUACAGACUCGGAGCAGGAGUCAGCAUCCUUGAGCAAGGAUGGUGGUAUACAGGCUCUGCAUGAAAAGACCUCUACGGCGGCUCUCCCCAGUGGUAGUGCUUCCAAGCCAUCCAUCCGUAAGAGACGUACCACUAUCUCGGAGAACCAUAGCGGACCAAUGACGCGGAGCAGGGUUGGACCAAGUGCCCAUCCACCCCGCAAUAGGUCUCCUUCCGUCUCGUAUACCGAUCGUUCCUUAUCCCCGUCCGCUCCUAGUCUGUUCACACAAGCUCAGAAAAAGUCACCGAGAAAGGAGGAAAGGUCUACCCGUACGACGCGCGCAUCACUGUUCAAAGCAGAUACCAGCGGCCCUAGUACGCGCGCCGACAAAUCGAGUGUGCGAGAUGUCUAUACCUCUCGCAAACGUGCGCGGUCUGGUUCUUCAUCCGCACGCUCUCUGUUCCCUACCGAGCCCAGUGUCCUGACACCCUUGUCCUCUCCACCUCCCACCGAUCCCUCUGCUCACAGACGGUCGAGAAGCAGGCCCAGUUCUCUGUUGCGUCGUGGGUCAGUCAUCUCUAUCAACAGUUCUCCCGAAGCUGCGCCUCCGCCCUCAUCACAAAUGCAGCCACUCACUUUGUCGCACGCUCGGUAUCAACAUAUGGAUGAGUUGGAAAUGUGGACCCUGGCAGAUCUCGGUUCUCUUGUUUUUGUCAGGCUGAACACCGAAGGAGACGUUGUCGAGCAAGACGACGACGACAUCGAAACCAUUUGGUGGCCAGCAAAGGUCACUCAUGCAAGGAUACCCUUACGCUUGUCGCUCUUCGGGGACAGCCCCAACUCCACAGAUGAUGUGCGUAUUUUCGUGCCGUCGCCAAGUAAUGUACUCUCGAUGACCUUUGGUGGUGUCCUCCGCUUUAACGAGGGAAACUUUCGGCGUUCGGCGCGGUUGGGCAGCCCACUGGCUUCACCAAGGAAGAAGCAAAAAACCGACUUGGAGAAUAGGUGGAUAGCCGGCCGCGAACUGAUGUUGAAAACAGACGAGGAUGACAACGACGGCCUCCCCAUGAUGCUAUCGGCGUAUACCGGGAAUGGCGCAUCUCCCCACACCAGGGAUGGCAGUCCUGCAGUGAGCGUGUUUGGCGAAUCUGACGCUGAGCUAGCUGAGAAGAGCUGGAGAGCCCCAUCGUGCGACCCGAUGUACACCUUACCUGGCGAGCCUGCCCUCGCGAAGGAGAUGCGCCAUCACACGGUUUAUUGGCCUGCACAGCUGCUAGAGUAUAUCACGCCCACAAAACGAACGCAAAAACCGAGGUACAAGGUCCAGUUCUACGACGGAAUGAUCAAGAACCUUGACACAAGCCAAUUUUUUACCGAAGGUGACCAGGGUUUCGAGACAUGCCAACUGGGCGAAGAUAAGUACAACUACGGGAUGGAUGAGGAUCAGGCCUCGUCCGAUGCAGGAGCGGAUGACUCUGAUAUGAAUGCGAAUGAAGAAGCUGACUUACGAGUGGCAAGUCCUCCACCAACUAUUCCUGCCCCGGAGGAGUUCGCAUACAGGCUAUUGCUGGAGGAGCAGCUAAGGUACGUGAAGCCCGUGCUCCUGGCUGUCAUGGACGGAAAGUAUGAGCCGGCCAACGACCGCCAUGAUGGAUUCAUGCGCGGGGCUGCUGCAAGGCAGAAGGUGUGCGACACCUGCCAUGACAGAGGCAGUUUGUCGCAGAGAGAAGUAGAAGAACUCGACAAACUUGUGAGGCGGUGGGUAAGGAGGAGGGAGAGGAGAGAGGAAUUGGACAUCUCUGCAGAUGGCGGGGAGCCAUCUAGUACAGUAGCUUCAUCGCCCGGAGACCAUGGAGCAGGCGCCGAAAAUGUGAACAUGCAGGCAGACGGAAACCACGAAGUCAAUACCAAAUUUGAUGGCCGAUCGUCGUCGGCGUCGGCCGCAGUUGCAGAUGUGCUGGUGCCACCGGACGGACCACCGUCUUCUUUUGUAUCCCCGGAAGAAGGACCGGAGCAACAACGGUCCAAUUCUAUGUCUCCGUCAGGGGCCUCCGAGAAGCACAUGGAGAAUGAGCAUGGUUCAGCGGAAGCGGACCCGCGUCCUCCUGAACCCGUGCACUCACCCAGCGUGGUCGAUCUCACUCCAGACUUCGAGAUGGACGAAGAAGUGCCGUCAAAUCCUACCGGAACUGACGGCCCCUCAGACGACAUCCCACGUUCUCGUCCAACGACCACUUUCAUGGACUUAUCUUCUAUUGAGAAGAUCACGUACUGUACGAACGUGUUGCUUCAUGAGGCUGUGCUGCAGCUGCUGCUUUGGCGAUCUGGCGAGCGCAUGGCGCCUGACCUCCUCUCACCGGAGGAAGAGAUACGGCUGCAUGCCAUCGCUCUGACUCAAUCUCAGGAGACUAAUUGGGUGCAUGACAUCGUGCGAAUGAAGCAGGCUAUUGGCGGAAACAUGUUGUCUUUCAAGGGCAAAUCCCGCACAACGACAUCUCAACCUGCCUCCAGUUCUCGAGGGGGUGGUACGAGAUCUCGCCCCCGGAAGGCAUGA